AUAAUCCCUUUAGCGUACUCGUCCCUCAUCACAAUGUCCAAUGUCCUGAGGCCCUAUCUUGCAGCAGUCAGGUCUACUCUUACUGCUGCACUUACUUUAGAGAAUUUCUCGUCUCAGGUCGUUGAAAGGCACAAUAAACCAGAAGUUGAGGCCAGGGGAUCGAAGGAAGUGUUACUCAACCCUCUGACUAUCUCUCGAAACGAGAAUGAACGUGUCCUCAUUGAGCCCUCAGUGAAUUCGAUACGUAUGAGCAUAAAGAUAAAGCAAGCGGAUGAGAUCGAGCGCAUUCUUUGUCACAAGUUUACACGAUUCAUGAUGCAGAGAGCAGAGAGUUUCGUGGUGCUGCGGAGAAAGCCGGUCCCAGGAUAUGAUAUUUCCUUCCUUAUCACGCACGUUCACGCGGAAACUAUGUUAAAGCACAAAAUUGUGGAUUUUAUCAUUCAAUUUAUGGAAGAAGUAGACAGGGAAAUUAGCGAAAUGAAGCUCAGCCUCAAUGCGCGAGCACGUAUAGUCGCGGAAUCAUACCUCAGUGCUUUAAUGCAUGAACUCGUGUUGGAGGUCCGUUCCGUAUAUCUCCAUCCUACAGCGUCAUUUGAUCACCCCGGAUCCCUCUUGCCGAGGUACACUCGACCCAAUCUGUGUUGCACAGAGCUUGGAGCUUUGUGUUGUUGAGCUCCGGUGUAUAUAUCUAUUGUACGUUCAUAAAAUU